AUGUCUGCCGCUGCGCUAUCUACAGUCCGCGAUCCUGUCUCAAAUAAUGGCACAGUGGUUGCUGAGGAGUCGCCAGAACCUAGGCACCGCGGUAAUCACCGCGCGAGUGAGUUACGCGGGAAAAAACGGCGGGGGGCGGCGCGGUGGGCGGCGGGCGUUGCUCUAGCCCCGCCCACGUACGAGCGAGACGGCGGCACAUGCACGCCGCUGCAAGGUCACUCGCGUGAACCUUCUGACUUCCAACUUGUCAAUGACACGAUUGAAUCGUCAUGCUGCUUUUGA